CGUGUUGUGUUCGUCUGUGUCUCUGAACUCUUCGCCGGACUUCAUUCCUCGCCUAGAGAUUCAGGGGUUUGCUAAUGCUUGUAGCUGCACCUUUUGGAAUUCUUCAAUGUGAUUACCGGAGUUGGAAUUAUAGACACUCGCCAUGUUUUCUGAUUUGAUACAGAUACGCUAACAACGGUCCUCAUUGAAUCCAGUAGCCUGCCUCCUGUUCUGCAGUCGUUGCCUUUGAAGUAGGUGUGAAUGCUUCGUCUCUCUGAAGACACCCACCUCCCUCCCACCAAGAGUCUGCCACCUCUACACAAUCUGUGCCAGACAGCCAACUAAAAUGGGCAACCAGUUAACAGAGAUAGCCCCCAGCACUCCUUUCCUCCCCGGCUUCCAGUCUCUGCACGUGGUUGUCAUUGGCUUGGACUCUGCCGGAAAGACCUCCCUAUUGUACAGACUUAAGCUCCGGGAGUUUGUGGAGACCAUCCCCACCAAGGGCUUCAACACAGAGCGGAUUAAAGUGGCGAUGGGAAGCACACGGGCCACCACCACGUUCCAGGUGUGGGAUGUGGGUGGUCAGGAGAAGCUGCGACCCCUGUGGAAGUCAUACACCCGUCGCACCGACGGCCUGGUGUUUGUUGUGGACGCCGCGGAACCUGAACGCAUGGAGGAGGCCAAGGUGGAGCUCCACCGCAUAAGUCGCUCGGCGGAGAACCAGGGAGUGCCUGUUCUGGUGCUGGCAAACAAGCAGGACCUGGACUCAGCGGUCUCUGCUGUGGAAGUGGAGAAGGCCCUGGCCCUCCACGAGCUUAGUAACGCCACAUUGCACCACACCCAGGGCUGCAGCGCCCUGGAUGGACAGGGACUGCAACCUGGCCUUGAGAAACUGUAUGAGAUGAUCCUGAAGAGGAAGAAGAUGCUCAGACACAGUAAGAAGAAGAGAUGAGCUGUGUUUCUAAGCUCCCGAAAGGCGCUUCCCCUUCAGAAUGGACCUUUGCUGCUCCUUGGGAAUUAUUGGGAAUCUUGUGCCCCAAAGUAGCUGUUCCCAAUGGGGUCAGGCCAGAGGACAUAGAAAUUGAUCUGUGCUGAUGGACACCGCAUUGACUACGUUCAGCCCUUUACAGCUCUUUAUGUGGAGAAACAUUUCCGUCUCCUUUAUUAAGCUGUAGUGCCAACACGUUCUAGUCCGAACGUCCUUUGACGUGUGGUUGUACUCAUUUAGUUUACCUUGUAGUUCACUUUGCAUGGAACUGGUUCACCCCUUGGGAAGACAAAGCUUUUGUAGAUCAAAAGAGGGACUAUAAUUCAACCCACUGUUCGGAUAGCUUUAGGGCUGAAAUGACUGCCCGUCACAGGCUGGCAAAUGACCUGCAGCUGCAAGCCAUGCAACUUUUUCACUGAAGUUUUGCUUGUCAUGGUAGACUUCAUUGUAUGAAUUCUGACAUUAUUACGACCAACUGUUUUUACAUUGUACAUAUUUUUUUGUAAUACUUACAACUGAAUAAAUUAUUGAUGACUUGGA